AUGCACAUCAUCCACUUAGCUUGUCUUGGAGAUGUGCUGACAUCCAUGCUCUUGGACCUCUCGGACAAUCAGUUCCCCUGGCCGGGAUCGUCCCGGGACACACGCCUUGAACAUGGAUGGAAAAGUUACAAGGGCUAUUGCCAACGAUGGGGGAUCGAGGACAGGGCCGAACGGAGACUCUUCACGAAUGAGGUUCUGAAAGCUGACUUCGUGACCGUGUCGCAGAAGAUCAUGCGGGCUGCUGCAGCCAAGUACAUGGUUUUUUGGUUACACUGGCUGAUGGAAGGCCUGCUGCAGGGCGAUCCGGAAAAGCCUGAGCAUCUCAAGCUCAUUCUUGGUGUCGUGACUGGUCUCAUGCACUUCGAGCAAACUCAGAUGGAGAAUGGCCGCUACUUCACGGAAGAGCAGUGCCGCUUUUGCGAGUCUGCUUACUAUCUGUAUCGAGCCUCUUAUGAUCGACUGGCUUCAAUGGCCUUGGCUCAGGGAAUUCCUCGCUGGAAGGUCAGGCCCAAGCAGCAUAUGCUUGAGCACGAAGUGAUCGAUUUUAUGUGCGAGUACAGACUGAAUCCUCGCUACAGUGCGAACUACAUGGGGGAGGAUGCAGUGAGGCGGGUGAAGCAGCUGGCAGUCGCCAGCCAUCCGAAUCAUGUCAGCCGGCACGUGCUAUCGAAAUGGUCUUUGCAGUUCUCACUGCCGUAUCGCCGUGCAUGA